AUGUUGUGUAUGUGGUGCAAACAUCUAAGCCUACUUUUUUUAAACUACUUAUUCCAUUCCACUGUGUUUGCUUAUUUCAUCCUACCAUGGAUCUGUGUUUUCUUCUUUAUUCUCUGUCUCAAAUUUCGGAGACCCAAGAAUUUUCCUCCAGGUCCUACUCCAUUACCCAUACUGGGGAACCUUUUGAACCUCAGCGUGCACAACCCCAUGAGAGACUUGGAGAGGUCCUAUGGAAAUGUCUACAGUCUCUUCAUCGGACCCAAACCCAUUGUAGUCAUCAAUGGGGUGCAGGCCCUGAAGGAGGCUAUGUUGACCAAAGGUGCUGAUUUUGCUGGACGGCCCCAAGACAUUUUUGCCACUCACCUCACUGAGAACGGACUAGUUCUGGCGGACUACAGUCCUAGCUGGAAGGAGCAGCGUCACUUUGCUGUGACGACGUUGUGGAAUUUUGGCCUUGGGACAGAGUCGAUGGAGCAAAGGAUUCUACGAGAGCUGCAUUUCACAAUGGAAACACUGGAAAAGAGCAUUGGUUCAACGAUGAAUCCUCAAUUUUUGUUUCCUAAUCUGGCCUCCAACAUCAUCAGCCUCAUUGUGUUUGGUAAACGUUAUAGCUGUGAAGACCAAUUCUUCAAAGAGGGUGCUUCAGAGAAAACUCCAAGAAUGGACAAGCCUGCGUUUGCCGACUAUUUCUGCGGCAUUAGCAGCAUUUAUACAAACUCUGUGAUCCAUGAAGUGCAAAGGACAGCCAACACGGUCCCUUUCAGUGUCUACCACCUUACAACAAAAGACACGAAGCUCAUGGGAUAUUCCUUACCAAAGGGGGCUGUGGUUAUCCCGAACAUGAAGUCAGUACUGAACGAGGAAGGACAGUGGAAAUGUCCUCAUGAAUUCAACCCUGAAAACGUCCUAAAUGACGAGGGAGAGUUUGUCCAGCCAGAGGCCUUCAUGCCUUUCUGUGCAGGUCCUGGAGAGCGUCUGGCUCAGAUGAAGUUCUUCCUCAUCAUCGUGACCCUGCUGAGGAAGUUCAAGUUCAUCUGGCCUGAAGAUGCAGGAGAGCCAGACUACACCCCCGUGAUGGGAGUCACUCUGUCUCCUCACCCAUACCGCAUCAAGGUCCAACUCAGGACCACGCAGUAAAUUAUCUUUGUUCACACAGGAGACACUAUAAAGAGUUAUCUGGAACAACUCAAGAAGUACUCUAAAAGCACGUUUUUUAAAGAUUCACGUCUUCAUAGGAAUGACAUGUAUUAUGGUUUAGUCAAUUAUAGUGUCCAAUCAGAGCUGGAGAGAGAAGACUAAAUUGACUUAAUGGCUCCCUCAAGUGGACAGAAUUAGGUAUUGGGUUUAAUAGUUUUAUUUCUGAGUGAGAACAGUAAGGCUGUAAAUAGUUAUAAAGUUUGUAAGGGUAACCCGCUUUGGAAUGUGUGCAAUAUGGGGUAUGUACUGUAAAUGGAAUACAUAUUUAAUAUCUUGGCAUUAUUUAAAUAUUGUCAAAAUGGUUGAAUGCAUAGUUGAGGCCUUUGACCUGCGAGGCUCAUAUUACAAAUAAAUAUAAAAGGUUUGUCUUCUAAAACAAUACAAUAAGUGACUCUAGCACACUUUUAAAAAUUGCAUUUUAAUCUACGUGAAUAAUGAACAUUUGUAGUACUUGUGAAAACAGAUGUGACCUAU